AUGGAUGAUAAUAUAUCAGAAUCAUUUUCAUCACUUGCACUUAGAGAACCUACAAUGAGUACAUCAAAUACAAGAGAUGCUAUGGUAAAUACUGAUAUAACUCAUUUACACUUUAAUUAUUUUUCUCCAAUUGAUAUAUUGAAUUCCACUAGUGAAGAAAUAGCAAAUAAUAUUUUAAAAGAAUUUUUGAAAGGUCCGAUUGUGGAUGAAAACGAUAUAAAGGAAUCUGAGUUUUAUAUGACGGAUUAUAUUGAAUCAUUAUUAUUGGACCAUUAUGGAUAUAUCUUGGAGGCUCAUACAAAAUAUAUAUAUGCUUUAAUUAGUUAUAAAAUAGAAAGGAUAUAUAUGAAAGAGACAAGCAAUCUUGAACUUGGGGAUUGGGUACAUAAAUGUUUUAUGUUAAUGGAUGAAAAUGAAAAAGAGAGGAGUUUUAUGUGGAAUAAAUUGGUUGACAAAACAAAUUAUAUAAUUAGUCAAAAUAUAUGGUUUGAUUCAGUGAAUGAUGAUAAAAAAGAUCAAAUAAUAGAAAAGUGCCACAGUAUAAUAAGGGAAAAGUGGCUUGAAUUGGAGGAAAAAGAAAUAACAGAAUUUCUCUCUAUGUUAAAAAGAAAACUCCGAUUUACAUUUUUUGUGUAUUAUUUUAGAAAAGCAAGAAAAUUAUGGGAACAACAGGAAAAACAAAUAAUGAAAAUUUUGUUAGAGUAUUUAGACUCCGUUGAAAAGGAAAUAAUAGAAAAUAAUCAGAAAGAACAUAAUUAA